AUAAAACGUAAAAUCUCCGUUUCAAGUUUGUAUUAACCUGAUAUUCCUUUUGUUUAUUAUGGAAUAUCUUCGUUCAACGCACGGUGAUGUUUUCCUCGAAUCGUUUUGAAUGUUUCUCGUAAUGAGCACGUGGACACGCUUUUUUCCGAUACUAAUUUAUUCUUUGUUUCGGCGUACUACAGAGGACGAUAAACAUAUCACAAUCAUUUCAGGAAAGCGCGUGCAAAACAAUUGAAAGCUAUACCUUGCAGAAAUAUCCCAGAAGGUGUGAUCGCCACGUUAUGAAAGCUAAAAAGAUAUAUUUUUUUUUGAAUAGACAACGUUUAUAGUUUGAAACAGCGAAUUAUGCUCAGUACAUCUGAAGAUGUAAUUUUUGUGGCUACUGCCUCCAAUGGAGUCCAAGCCAAAUAUGUUGUCGAGAUGAGUAAGCGAGUGAGCGAGUGUAACCAUAGAAUUUUGAUCUUGACCCAAUUUUGAUCCGAUGUUUCCUGGUGCUACUUAUUUUGUUUCGGAGUGUCUUACUAGUUCGAUAUUCAUACUCGAUCGGAAGACAGUAGCUAGCGAUAAACAUCUCACAAUCCUUUCAGGAUUGUGCGCGAUUGUGCGCAAAGUUUUCUUUGCAGAAAUAUCUUAAUAGGUCUCUCUAUGAAGAGAGAGUAUUUUACCGUUUAAAUCAGCAGAUGAUGAAGAUCCGAGGGUAUGAUAUUUUAGUUCUUUCCGUACGUUACACUACGAAAGACGAUAAACACCUCAAACUGAUUUCACUAUGGCACCACCGACGCAUAAUUCAAAUCAAAACAUUUCCUUGCAGAAAUAUCUCAAUAGAUGUGAUUUGCACAUCAUGGAAGCUUUAAGGAAAUUCUCCCCUUGAAAAGACAGCAUUUUACUGCAUGAAUAAGCGAUUUCUGCCGAAAAGGGCCAUAAAAUUAGUGAAGCGAGCAAGCAACAGAAUGAUUGCGGAAUAUCGACGCGGAAUGACGUAUAAACCUAAAACGCAGAAUGCCAUUUUGUAUGAAACAAAAGGCUCAAAAAAUAGAAUUAAAAUAAAAUUAGAAAAUUAUUCAUAAUCUAGAGACAAAAAGAAGCAUAGGAAAGCAUUGCUGGAGCCUACUAGGGGAACCAUGAGGCUUUCGAGCUAACCCUUAAAAUUAUAAUUAUACUACUACUGCUCUCAUUAUCAUUGUUGUUAUCGUUAUCAUAUUUGUUAACAUUAUUAUUUUCCAGCAUUUAAUUACUGGUUGAAUGGUGAUUAAAAAAUAUACCCUUAAAUCAUCUUUCUCUUGCGGAACAAGGUAUGUGGGAUGCGGCGGGUUUUGUGUUUUGCAUGUAAAACAGAUAUUCUGCAACAUUACCUUCUAGCGUCACGAUACAACUUGGCGUGUCACUACAAAAGAUGAAAACAUCUUAUAAUAAUUUUACGGUUGCGACUCCGAUACGUGAUUGAAAACGAGACUUUUCCUUAUAGAAAUAUGGGUUUGAUCUGCACAUCAUGGAAAAUAUGAAGGAAAAUUUUAUUUAUUGUAAGAGAAAGCACUUCAAAUGGCCAAAAGAACCGCUAAAUUUGCGUAGCGAACAAGGUCCUAAGUUUAGCGUAACAGAAUGACCCUAUUCGACGAAAUGAUGGAAAGGAGCUCAAGCUCCAUUUAUUCCAAACACACUUGACACACUGAGCCACUCAGUGGCGCAAACUGCAAACUUAGAUGAAUGUCAGUUAGAAAAUCAAGUUAAUAUUAACUGAUAGGGCGCUUUAUGAUUUGCAGCUGUACAAAAAAAUUAAAUUCUUAACAAAGAAAAAGGAAUCACAGCCAAUCAAAACAAAGUCAAGAGAGUCAAGAGCCCAAUGGAAACCCAGAGUAAAUAAGACAUUAGUGCAAAUUUGAGCGGUGUUAAGCUCACGUAACAACGAGGACAUGUUGCGACUUGCUUCAUUUCUUUGAAUGGUUGGGAGAAUGAGGCGAGUUUUCUGGGCCAAUCACAAAAUGAAGUUAAGCAACAAUAACGCAGAUUACUUUCGCCGCUCAGUUGAAUAUUGCCGCUCCAUCUUCAACACAUCGACCUUUGAGUUAUCUCUAAGACGAUGGCCAGGAGCUUCUCAAAAGAUUCAAACGACCAGGCAGCGGGAACUCUCAAAAGAUGCGAAUCCAAAUGUCAUCCAGACAGCUGCUGGUCUUGGGUGGUAUGUGCUGCCUCAACGCUGUCUAUAGCCAUCGUCGCUGGUGUAUCAUACAGCUUUGGGCUACUGCUUCCCACUUUGACGGAAGGCUUUGAAGAAAGACGACAAACUACAGCAUGGGUUGGUUCUUUGUACGUGGCAUGUGGUUGCAUCUUCAGCCCUGUAGGUUGCCAUGUCAGCGAUCGUUUUGGCCACAAGUUCACCGCCAUCUUGGGUUCGUUUUUCGGAAUAAUCGGCUUUUUUCUGGCUUCGUUCUCUUCUAAACUAUGGAUGAUGUACCUAGCGUAUGGUGUUUUAUCAGGCAUUGGGCAUAUGAUGGUUUACAACUCCUGUUAUUUGAUGGUUCUUCUGUAUUUUGUUAAGUGCCGCUCUUUGGCUGUUGGUAUUGUGUCGUCGGCACCGGCCAUUGGAAUGUUCGUUACCACACAAGUCACGCAGUUUUUACUAGAUACGUGGGGAUGGCGAUGGGCAGUAAGAGGGUUCGGUUUGCUAAAUUUGGUAUGCGGCCUGUGUUCAAUGGUGUUUGUACCCUUCGAUAAUGGUCUCGACGAAACCUUCAAUAGCAAAUUAAUGACUAACAAACCGAGGGAGAAAGAAGCGACAAAACAAAGCAGCUCGCUUUGUGGGAACUAUUCAUUUGUAAUCAUAUCAACAUCGGUAUCUGUUGUUCAUUUUAGUUAUCAAGUACCAAUCAUGCACAUAGUAAAGCAUUGCAAACAAGAGCUUCAAAUACCUGGAAAGAAAGCCUCCAUGCUUUACACCUACAUGGCAAUAACUUCCUUCAUAAGUCGCCAUUUAUUCUGCAAGCUUGGAGAUUUAGAGUACCUGAACAGAUUCCAUUUGUAUCAGGGAGGUAUGAUCAUCAGUGGGCUAUGCGUGCUUUGUUUGCCAUUAGCGAGAUCGUUUGGAUCGAUUGUAGCGAUUUUCACAGUUUUUGGACUGAUGGAUGGAGCAAUGAAUGGCCAAUAUGCCCUGCUGCUCUUGGAAUGCACAGGAAGACACCAAGUCAACCGAGCUUGGGGUUAUAUGAUGCUGUUCUCUGGUUUAAGCGUUGGCCUCGGUUCUCCUUUAGCUGGUCUAUUGGCAGACGAGGUCGGCUCGUAUACAAUAUCAUUUUACACAGCAGGUGCAAUACAUAUCGCAGGGGAAUUGAUCACCUCAUUCAUGACCUGCGUUAAAAGAGGAUUGCCCGAGGAAGGCGAAACACAAACAUCCAUCGACGAGGAACUUUUGGUUACAGAAAAACUUACAGUUGUCUAGAAAUGGAUUGGAUUUAAGAAGGAAUUUCAGUUGAAUGGAGUACACUUAACAAAUCGAUACAGGUUUUUAUUAUCCAGCUACACCUAGACGAGUACAAAUAACGCCAUAGACGAGUACAAAUAUCACGCGGUAUUUGUACUCGUCU